CCAUCAAAGAAGCAGAAGAAUUCUCAACAUUUUGGGACUUCAUUUCAUUUUUCUCAUGGUUUAAGUUUUGGUGUUGCUUUGUUGGUGGCAUAUUGCUUACUUGCAGAAGGAACAUGCUUCACAGUACGUGGAAGUGCUGGUGCAUGGCUGCACUGCUGUGGCUCAUGCUGGUGUGGAUGGCUGAUGGGAAUGUAGGUUUAUCUCCAGAUAAAAGAGCAACAUCACCUUCUUGCUAUGGAGGUUUCGACCUCUACUUUGUCCUGGACAAGUCUGGAAGUGUACAGCAUCACUGGAAUGAGAUUUAUUAUUUUGUGGAACAUUUGGCUCACAAAUUCAUAAGUCCACAGCUACGGAUGUCCUUCAUCGUGUUUUCCACAGAGGGCAAGAUUCUCAUGCACCUAACAGAAGAUAGAGACAAUAUUCGCAAAGGUCUGGAGGAGCUCCAAAGAGUUUUGCCUGGAGGAGACACAUUCAUGCAUGAAGGCAUUCAACGGGCAAGUGAACAGAUUUACCAUGGUAACAUAGAGGGGUACCGCACAGCAAGCGUCAUCAUCGCCCUCACUGAUGGAGAGCUGCAUGAGGACCUCUUCUACUAUGCUGAAAGAGAGGCCAAUCGUUCCCGUAGCCUGGGUGCUUCCGUCUAUUGUGUUGGGGUAAAAGAUUUCAAUGAAACACAGCUGGCCAAGAUCGCAGACAGCAAAGAUCAUGUCUUUCCUGUAAAUGAUGGGUUUGAAGCUCUGCAGAGUGUGAUUAGUUCGAUUUUAAAAAUAUCCUGCAUUGAGAUUCUUGCAGCAGAACCUUCCAGUAUAUGUGCUGGAGAAUCAUUUCAGGUUGUUGUAAAAGGAAAUGGGUUCCUCCACGCCAGGAAUGUGGAUAAAGUGUUAUGCUCCUUUAAAAUAAAUGACACUCUUACCAGGAUGGUGAAGCCACUGGUAGUGGAGGACACUUACCUGCUAUGUCCAGCUCCUGUACUAUGGGAAGGAACGGCGGCUUCACUUUAUGUGAGCAUGAACGAAGGCCUUAGUUUUAUCUCCAGCUCUGUGACCAUCACCACCGUGAGUUGUUCUGAUGGUACAAUCCUGGCCAUAGCUUUGCUGAUUCUGAUGCUCCUGCUGGUGUUGGCUCUUCUCUGGUGGUUCUGGCCUCUCUGCUGCACAGUGAUCAUCCAUGAACCCCCACCACCCCCAACAGAGGAGAGUUCGGAUGAAGAGGAUGACGGAGCUCCCAAGAAGAAAUGGCCUACAGUGGAUGCUUCGUAUUACGGCGGACGAGGAGUCGGAGGGAUUAAAAGGAUGGAGGUACGCUGGGGUGAAAAGGGAUCGACUGAAGAGGGCGCUAAACUGGAAAAGGCAAAGAAUGCCAAAGUGAAAAUGCCAGAACAAGAGUUUGAAGCUUUACCUUCGAGAAUCCUGAACAAUGGCAUGCACAAACCACCAAGUCCUCGCAAGUGGUACUCGCCAAUUAAGGGUAAACUUGAUGCCCUGUGGGUGCUCUUGAAGAAAGGCUAUGACAGAGUGUCUAUCAUGAGACCACAACCAGGAGACAGGGGUCGCUGUAUAAACUUCACCCGCAAUAAGUCCAGUGCUGCUCCACACUAUCCAGCCUACAACCGCCACAACUCUAUCUAUACCCCACAUCAGGACUGCAGCCCACCUCCUCCUCCUCCUCAGAGCCAGCUGCCCCCUACACCUCGCGGCCCACCGCCCGCUUCUCCAGUUCUCUCCAUCCCUCCAUCUCCACCCAUUACUCCUCCUCCAUCCUACUCCCCUCCUCCACUGUGGUCCCCACCAUCUUCCAAUCUUUUCUUCACCUCGCCUUCUCCUCCUGCCUCACCUACAGGAUCGCUGCCUCCUCUGCCACAGGCUCCUCCCCCAUGCCGAGCCCCUCCCCCCGACCGUCCUCCACCACAUCCCUCUUUCUAAGGCUGUCUAUCAGAAUGGGACACAGGAACCUAAGGGGUUAAAAGUCAGUUCCUCUUUUUGGAUUCUGUUCUCACUGCGUGGCCUAAGAGGAAAACUUAACGCAGGUCCACCAGUAAGACAAACACAGGGAAAUAAAUGACAAUUUCUAUUUCACAUACAAAACUACAGGGAGUACAACACAAACACAGACUGAAGCAGUAUUAUAGUCUGCAGUGAAUAACAGCGGUCUCCUCCAAAUUGACCAUUACCGCAAAAUGCCAGUAUAAGAAAUAAUGAACGUUUAUUUGAAGCUAUUUGCUUGUUGAACUCUUGGCAACCUUAUGAGGGGCAGUACUUGAUCUAUACCAUGCAUCACCAAUGCACAAAAAAAACUUGGAUGGAAAUAGAUCAUUAUGCCGGGCUAGUCCAGGAGGCUGUGCAUGGAGCAUUUACGUGACAUAGUUAUUUAAUGGGAAACGUUGCAAUAUGUGCACAUUAGCAUGUAACCAUUCAGGCACUAUGCAUUUAUGUGUAUUUUUUAUGGAACAAAUCUUAACAAAGCAACUCUCAAGUAAUACAAAAUCAAAUUCUUGACCAGUGAUAUUAUCAUGUCUGUAAUAACUCAACCACUCAACUAUACAGGCUGCAUUAUUACUGAUAAAUCAUGCACCUCCUUGUCUAUUCUUAUGAUAUGGUCACAGUGAUGUUAUUGAUCUAGUUUUCUCUGGCUUUUCUCUCUAGAAUCUUUAACUAUACUAAAAAUAAUAUAAUUUCUCAACGCUUUUGCAAUACACACCUUUUCCGCUAUUGAAACAGUAGUUAUUUGUCCCUUGGGUGGCAAAGCAGUCGAAUACACCAGGACUCGAAUCUCAGCCAGAUGCAACAGUGAUGUAAUGCAACAGUGAGCCCUACUGUCUGGUCGAAGUGGCACCACAAGCAAAGGAAAAAUACAGACAGUAUCAAGUAUACUGGUACCUCUGUACGUACUGAGGGUACCAGUGAAAAUCCUCCGCUGGACGGGGUAAAGAUGCGGCAGACGGCUUUACACGUCAGCCUUAGCCAGCGGGGGUGCGCUGCAAACUGGCAAAAGGACAAAAGGAGUGGAGAAGAAUAAAAAGUAUUAAAUAUUAAAUCAAAGUUCUUUUUGGUAUUUUUGGAUGGGAUUAACUUUUUAUUUUCUCACUUUUAUGUUAGUAAUUUGCUUUAGUAUGAGAUGUUAUUAGAAUAGAGCAUUCUGGAGUUCUUUUACAGCAAUAUUUGAUAGAGAAAUUAGAAAACGCGCACAGUUUUUAUUUUAGGUGUAUGGAUGGGUAAUUUCCUACAUACAUUUAUAUGUAAAUUGUGCGAACAUGUAUCCCUUACUUUCUUCUUUUAUAAAUGUUAUGUUACACUUCUAGAAAUGACUGGAGUUUAACUUUGAUCAGCCUUACCUUCGUUAUUUUACAUUCCAUGACAUCAUUUUCAAAAGCCUGGACUAGAUUAUCCACAAGAGAGGAUUACGUGUAGCUCUGUGCAAUGGAAAGCCGCCUCGCUUGCCAAGAAAAUCUGUUCUGGAUGGUGAUCAAUGUGCCAAAAGUUUGUUGAGUUAUGUGUUUAUUUUUCUCUCUACCUGUUGUAUAUGCUUCAACCCACUGUAUUAUGCUAGUGUCUGUCGUCCUUCUGUCAGUCGUCCUAAAUUAUUAUGUAAAUGUUUGUAUGACACGAGAGUCUCUUAUGGGAUCACUUAAACAAAUCAGUAUCAGAUACACAAAUGAGCAUAAGAGACCUUUUGGUGUUUUGCUCUCGGGUUUUGCUCUGCACCACUGCAUAGUGAUUAAUAAAGGCUGUAAAUAAGAUAAAA